UAUGUGUGGUUACGAAAUACAAGAAUUAUGACUAUAAAUUUCCUUCCAUGUAUUUUAUUGUUAUAAGAUAUGUGUUUAUUUGUAUAAAUGAAUCAAUUAAUUGAUUCUUUUGUCAAUUUUGUUUGUUGUUAUGGAUUUUGUGAAAUCGGCAAUUUCUUCCAAUUUAAGGCUUGAUGGAAGAAAACUUGACGAGCAAUACUCACUAAAUAUUAUACCUAAUAUUUCUUCAAUCGCACAUGGCAGCUCUCAAGUCACUUUUGGUGACAACAUAGUUCAAACGACAGUAAAUUUUUCAAUUGUUUCACCUGAAGAUUCAGCUCCUGACGAGGGCAUUAUUGAUUUGACAAUCACUGGUACUAACAUUUUUGAGAACUCUGAUUUAUCGCAUAAGAAUUACGAGAUUCUAUGUAACAUAUUGUACGAUUUACAGUUUCAACACCGUUUUCUUGACCUCAAAUCACUGUGCAUAUUGCCAGGACAACUGUGCUGGAAUCUAAGAAUACACUCAACUGUUGUUAAGAGAGGUGGGUGUGUAAUUGACGCUUUAAGCAUUGGAGUUUUAUCUUCUCUCAUGUGUUCUGAUGUUCCUGAUGUCGAGCUUAUGUUUAGGGAUGAACUCGAGUCAUAUCAACGAUCAAACCUACAACUGAAGCUAUCCCUAGAGAAAAAUAAGAUUAUAUCACACCUUGUUGAAAGAUUACCUCUGAUAACUUCUGUUGGGAAGGUGUGUAAGAAUCACCUUUGGGGUAUGACUAGGGAGGAGGAGUUAUGUUCUGAUGGGACUAUGUCAAUAGCAGUGGAUAAAAACGGAAAAUGCAUAUCUGUCAAGGCGAACGGGUCAUGUUUUGAGCUACACUGUAUACAAAGCUUGAUAAACACGUCAACUAAAAUUACUCUAGACAAUUUUAACAAACUCAAUAAAUUUAUACCAGCCUGA